AUGAAUUAUCUGGUUUCAUGUCAUGUCGUUUUUUGUGUUUCUUAAAAAGUGAUUGUCGUGAAAAAAAAAAAAAAUUGUAAACAUUGUACAACAAAAUUAUUAAUUAACAGUUUUAUUCUUUUUAAUUAGAUUCAAUAAAGAAAAGACUGAAAUAUUUUCUAUUGUUUAGUAAAGACAUUCUUAAUCGCAUUAUAGAAAUAAGAUUUUUGAUUUUGAGGUUAGAAAAUAUUUUGACAUGUCAAGAAAAAGUUUUUAAUUAAAUUUAAAAAUCGUAACAUGGCGGUUCAUUGAUACUUUUAAAACAUUAAAAAAAUGACGAAAGACACUGAUAACAAUUUCUGUUUAGUAUUCUUGGACUUUUACUUGAGAAACCGAUAAAUGAAAAAUUAAAAGGUUAUAAAAAGAGAAAGAAGAAUUUUUUAUUAACAAUUGUAAUUUAUAAUAAUUAGCUGCUGGAUUUUUAAAUACUUGUUUUCAGAAUGGCAAUCGCAAAGAAUGAUAUUGAAUUGCCAGCUGAUAUUCCACAAUUAUUACUGGAAAAACAUGCAGAUUAUCUCGUUUCCUAUUCAAUGAAUAAAGAUGAUUAUACAUAUUGUAUGACAGAACAUUUGAGAAUGUCAGGUAUAUAUUGGGGCUUAACAGCACUAGAUCUUAUGGAUCAAUUAGAUCGUAUAAAUAGAGAAGAGGUAUUAGAAUUUAUAGGAAAAUGUCAAUAUGAUUGUGGAGGAAUUGGUGCUAGUAUCAAUCAUGAUCCACAUUUAUUGUACACAUUAAGCGCAAUUCAAAUACUUUGUAUAUAUGAUGCAUUGGAUGUGAUUAAUGUUGAUAAAGUUGUGAAAUAUAUAAAAGAAAGACAACAACCUGAUGGGAGUUUUACAGGUGAUAUUUGGGGUGAAAUUGAUGUCAGGUUUUCAUUUUGUGCAGUAGCAUCAUUAUCUCUGCUGGGCAGAUUAGACGAAAUAGAUGUUGAAAAAGCUGUAGAAUUUGUAAAAAGUUGUAUGAAUUUUGAUGGUGGAUUUGGUUCGAAACCUGGAAGUGAAAGUCAUUCGGGACUUAUUUAUUGUAGUCUUGGACUAUUAUCAAUUACAGGUCAUUUACAUUUGGUGGAGGUUGAUAGAUUAGGCUGGUGGUUAGCUGAAAGGCAAUUAGGAUCUGGUGGAUUAAAUGGAAGACCAGAAAAAUUACCAGAUGUUUGCUACUCGUGGUGGGUUUUAUCAUCCCUUUCAAUCUUGGGACGAUUGCAUUGGAUAGAUAAAGAAAAAUUGUUGAAUUUUGUGAUGUCGUGUCAAGAUUUAGAGACCGGAGGUUUUAGCGAUCGACCUGGAGACAUGGUGGAUCCAUUUCACACCUUAUUUGGCUUAACAGCUGUAUCAUUACUGGACACCAAAACUACAUUGAAAUCAAUUAAUCCAACAUAUUGCAUGCCACAAUAUGUUAUAGAUCGUUUAGGUUUAAAACCAUCUCGACUAUCAAGAUGAUUUACCAUCCGAGGUUUUUUUCCUCAACAAUGGUUUUUAAUUUCACCGAAAGAUGUCAGCACUUACUCGAGAAUUCAAUGUGAAAAAAAACAAUUUUACACGAUUUCUGUAAACUUUCACUUAUGUCGCUUCAUCUAUUUUUUUCCAAUCAAUCAGUAUCGAAUUUAGAAAUUCAUUAAAUAUCAACAAAAUUUUUUUUUAUAUAACAAUAUUUUGUAAUCAAUGAUCUAGAUUCAUAUUUCAGAAUUUUGCGCAAUUUUACUACAAUCAGAAAUGUGAUGUAGAUUCUUCUAAAAUAAAAGUACUGUUUACACUUGUAAAA